AUGGCAGAGCUACGUUCCUAUGCGGAUUUCAUCUAUAUGGCCAACAUGAUGUUCAAGACCCUGGGGUACGAUCUAUUCGAUACACCCAGAUCCAGGUGCAGCAAUCUUCUUCUCCGAGGAUAUUUCGUCUUGUGCACGGCCAGCAGCUUUUACGAGGCUUCCAUGGUGACGAUACGGAUCAUUCAGUGGGAAUCCUUGGCCGGCAGUCCUUCCAAAAUUAUGCGACAGGGUCUGCACUUCUUUUACAUGCUGAGUGCCCUAGUGAAGUUUGUUGCUUUCAUGAUAAAUCGCAAGCGAUUACUGCAGCUGAGCAAUCACUUGAAAGAGUUAUAUCCUCAUAAAGAGCAAAGUCAAAGGAAGUACGAGGUGAAUAGAUUUUACCUAUCUCGCUCCACUCAAUACGUUUUGUACGCGUACUACUUUGUGAUGGUCGUCAUGGCACUGGGACCCCUCCUUCAGUCGUGCAUUGUGUACCUUGUAGGCUUCGGAAAAGCCGAGUUUCCCUAUAAACGCAUUUAUCCCACGCGCCUCACUUUCGACUCCGAAAACCCCUUGGGCUAUGUGGUGGCCUACGUUAUAGACUUCACAUACAGUCAGUUCAUAGUGAAUGUCAGCCUGGGCACGGAUCUCUGGAUGAUGUGCAUCUCAAGUCAAAUAUCGAUGCACUUAGCCUAUCUGGCCAAUGUUUUGGCCUCGUUACGUCCAAGUCCAGAAACGGAACAGCAAGAUUGUUACUUACUGGCCGGUAUCGUGAGGAGACAUCAACUAAUGCUCAGCCUUCACAAGGAAGUAAACCAUGUGUUUGGACUUUUACUGGCUUCUAAUUUGUUCACCACAGCCAGCUUACUUUGCUGCAUAGCGUAUUAUACCGUCGUACAGGGUUUCAAUUGGGAGGGCAUUUCCUAUAUGGCCCUCUUUGUUAGUGUAGCAGCCCAGUUUUACAUGGUCAGCUCACAAGGACAAAUGUUAAUAGAUUUGAGUACGAAUAUAGCCAAGGCUGCCUACGAAAGCAAGUGGUAUGAAGGAUCGCUGCGAUAUAAAAAGGACAUACUUAUUUUAAUGACACAGGCUCAACGCCCUUUCGAGAUUUCAGCCAGGGGAAUAAUCAUCAUAUCUUGCGAUUCGUUUAAAAUAUUGAUGACCAUCACAUACCGAUUCUUCGCUGUAAUACGGCAAACUGUAGAAAAGUAA